UCUCGGUUUAGAAACGCUGUGACCAGACCAAAGACAACAAGGUGAACACUAGCAGGAGCGACUUCGCUGCUUGAGUGUUGCUUGUUCACGAAAUGGACUGCUCAAAUCUAACCAAUGUACGCACAGAGUCCAAGGAUUACCAGAACAGCCACAAAGACACAGACCAGCAGCACUGCACAGAGGAUGAGCCCUUGCUUAGAGACAACCCCAGGCGUUUUGUCAUCUUCCCAAUCCAGUACCCUGACAUCUGGAGGAUGUACAAACAGGCCCAGGCCUCCUUCUGGACAGUGGAAGAGGUGGAUCUAUCGAAGGACCUGGCACACUGGGACAACUUGAAGCCUGAUGAGAAACACUUCAUCUCUCACAUCUUAGCUUUCUUCGCUGCCAGCGACGGCAUCGUCAACGAGAACCUUGUCCAGAGGUUUAGUCAGGAGGUACAGCUUCCAGAGGCCCGAUCCUUCUAUGGGUUCCAGAUCCUCAUAGAGAACAUCCAUUCUGAGAUGUACGGCAUGCUCAUCAAUACUUACAUCAGGGACUCUGAGGAGAGGGAGCAUCUGUUCAAUGCCAUUCAGACGAUGCCGUGUGUGAGAAGGAAAGCAGACUGGGCCAUCCAGUGGAUCUCUGACACCAAAUCCACUUUCGGGGAGCGGAUUGUAGCGUUCGCUGCAGUGGAGGGCAUCUUCUUCUCAGGGUCGUUCGCUGCCAUUUAUUGGUUGAAGAAGAGAGGCCUGAUGCCCGGGCUCACCUACUCCAACGAGCUCAUCAGCAGAGACGAGGGCCUGCACUGUAACUUUGCCUGUCUGUUGUACAGCUACAUAGUGAAGAAACCGUCAGAGGACAGGGUGAAGGACAUUAUCACCAAAGCUGUCAGCAUUGAGCAGGAGUUUCUGACAGAGGCCUUACCUGUGGAUCUGAUUGGGAUUAAUGGUGUGCUGAUGAAGCAGUACAUUGAGUUUGUGGCAGACCGUUUACUCCAAGACCUGGGAUUGGCCAAGGUCUAUCUGACAGAAAACCCCUUCGACUUCAUGGAGUCCAUCUCACUGGAAGGGAAAACAAACUUCUUUGAGAAGCGCGUGGCUGAGUACCAGAGGUAUGGAGUGAUGUCAAACACCAUGAACUGUGACUUCACCCUUGAUGCAGACUUCUAGUUAAAACACAUGGUUCCACGUGAAGAAAAAGAGGAGGCUUCAGGAGUUCCAUAAUAGCCUCAGAUGCGAUUGGAGGGGAAUCCUGAUUGGAGGGGAAUCCUGAUUGGAGGAAUUAUAACCACAUAGGUGCUGAGUGGCAUAACAUCAAUCCAAGUACAGGCUGGGUUUGAAAAUGGAAAAAGACAUUAUUACACUUGACCUGUAUAUUGAAUUUACAUUUGUUUUAUUUUUAUCUUGAUUUAACAAGGACUUCACACUGACAAUGGCAGCAAUACUAGUGAACCAAUGCAAUGGUUUUAAUAAGUGUAACCGAUGUGAAACGGCUAGCUUAGUUACAUUUACAUUACAUUUAAGUCAUUUAGCAGACGCGGUGGUACGCGCUAAUAGCAUUUCAAUCGGUGACGUCACUCGCUCUGAGACCUUGAAGUAGUUGUUCCCCUUGCUCUGCAAAGGGUCGUGGCUUUUGUGGAGCGAUGGGUAACGAUGCUUCGAGGGUGGCUGUUGAUGUGUGCAGAGGGUACCUGGUUCGAGCCCAGGUAGGGGCGAGGAGAGGGACAGAAACUAAACUGUUACAUAAGGAGUUAUUCAUCAAUGCCUUUUGUUUUGUUUUAUAAAAUGAAUACUGCUCAUAGUCUCUCUCUGAUAAUCAUUUGUUCUAGGUGCAUAGCUAGAACUAUUAGGAAGAAAUGUGUGUGUGUGUGUGUGUGUUGGAACACCACAAUAUUUUCCUUUGUAUCCCACCUGCUUCUACAUAUUUCUAGCUCCAUCACUUAUCAAUGCUUUCUUUUUGUGGACAGCCACUGUCAAAUUAAGCCCCCCCCCUGGCGCUAGCUAGUUGGUAGUGCUGGCAGUGGCUAUGCUACAUGCUAGCUGACGUUUUGAAAAAGAUGGCAACGGACUGGCAAGCAUUAACUGAUUUAAGCCAAGUUAAUAUCCAGUUGUCUCAGAGAGCUGUUAUCCUCCGGGCCGGAGAUCGUAGUUGGGGUGAAGUUGGGUCUUGACGCCUGAGCGUUACCCGUCAUGAGUGAUUUUUCUCCACGGCGGCGGACUCUUCGGUGGGAAAAGGCAAGGAGCUUCCGGUUACUCGACAGGGGCAAUGCCCUCCAGGAUCAAGUGAAUACAAUUGUGAAGCACGAGGAACAAAAGAAGACAAAAAUAUCAGGAAACGGUACACACAUUCAGCUAUCUGUAAAUAGGAAUUGUCGCAGCAUUGGCAACAUUUUUUUUUUAAAUGUGUAGCUUUGUGUUGUUGGCUGGUUAGCGUGUUAACUUGCUAAUAUUAGCCGCUAGCUAGCUUAGUUUGCUAUUGUUAAGUACUGGCUUCGUUUUGAUAGCUUAGUUUCCAGCUAGUUAGCUAGCCAUUUUCAUUAGCAUUAAUGUUUUCAUUCGUGUUUUCAAUUUUAUUUUUUUGAUAUUUUCACUGGUAUUGUUAACAAACACGCCUCUAAAGAAAAUGAGAAUUAAAAACAGGUUCAGCCCCUGGUUCGACCGUGAUCUUGCAGAGUUUCUCCACCUCAAGAAUUGCAUUUGGCAAAAGGUUCGGCACACGCAUACUCAGAGGCUGACUGGUAUAUUCGUUCAAGCAAAUGAGAAAUAAGUGCACUCAGGCUAUCCGGAAGGCCAAAGUUAGUUACUUUAAUGAGCAGUUCUCUCUCUGGGUCUAACCCUAAGAAGUUUUGGAAAAUGAACCCUCCUCCUCCUCCUCACAGCUGUCCAUGUCCAUUAAUGUUGAUGAUGUGGUUGUUACUGACAAGAAGCACAUGGCUGAGCUCUUUAAUCACCACUUCAUUAAGUCAGGAUUCCUAUUUGACUCAGCCAUGCCUCUUUGCCCGUCCAACAUUUCCUCAUCUCCCUUCUAAUGUGACUAUCCCCGAUGCUUCUCCCUGCAAGUACUUGGGAGUAUGGCUGUACAGUACACUGUCCUUCUCUCAGCACAUAUCAAAGCUGCAGGCUAAAGUUAAAUCUAGACUUGGUUUUCUCUAUUGUAAUCGCUCCUCUUUCACCCCAGCUGCCAAACUAACCCUGAUUCAGAUGACCAUCCUACCCAUGCUAGAUUACGGAGACGUAAUUUAUAGAUCGGCAGGUAAAGGUGCUCUGGAGCGGCUAGAUGUUCUUUACCAUUCAGUCAUCAGAUUUACCACCAAUGCUCCUUAUAGGACACAUCACUGCACUCUAUACUCUUCUGUGAACUGGUCAUCUCUGUAUACCCGUCGCAAGACCCACUGGCUGAUGCUUAUUUAUAAAACCCUCUUAGUCCUCACUCCCCCCUAUCUGAGAUAUCUACUGCAGCCCUCAUAGGCCUCACUCCCCCCUACCUGAGAUAUCUACUGCAGCCCUCAUAGGCCUCACUCCCCCCUAUCUGAGAUAUCUACUGCAGCCCUCAUAGGCCUCACUCCCCCCUACCUGAGAUAUCUACUGCAGCCCUCAUAGGCCUCACUCCCCCCUAUCUGAGAUAUCUACUGCAGCCCUCAUCCUCCACAUACAACACCUGUUCUGCCAGUCACAUUCUGUUAAAGGUCCCCAAAGCACACACAUCCCUGGGUCGCUCCUCUUUUCAGUUCGCUGCAGCUAGUGGCUGGAACGAGCUGCAACAAACACUCAAACUGGACAGUUUUAUCUCCAUCUCUUCAUUCAAAGACUCAAUCAUGGACACUCUUACUGACAGUUGUGGUUGCUUUGUGUGAUGUAUGGUUGUCUCUACCUUCUUGACCUUUGUGCUGUUGACUGUGCCCAAUAAUGUUUGUACCAUGUUUUGUUCUGCUACCAUGUUGUUGUCUUGGGUAUCUCUUUAUGUAGUGUUGUGUCUCUUGUUGUGAUGUGUGUGUUUGUCCUGUAUUGUAUUUAUUUAUUUUAAUCCCAGGUCCCCGUCUCCACAAGGCCUUUUGGUAGGCCGUCAUUGUAAAAAAUAAUUUGUUCUUAACUGACUUGCUAAAAUUAAAGUUAAAUAACGUUUUAAAAUAUGUAUGUAAUAAAUGUUGUCUUAGGUCUCUC